GAAGACAAAGGACAGUGAAGAGAACUCCUCGACGGUUCACAGUAGCUACCUUGUGUUUGGACUUGAUAAAUUUGUAUUGAUGAGAACUUUCCACCUAGAUGGGUUGUGACUGUAUUAGAGGUCUGGUGAUGAAGACGAAGAAUAGUUAAGGGAACUCCUCGACGGUUCACAGUAGCUACCUUGUGUUUGGACUUAAUAAAUUUUAUAUUGAUGAGAACUUUCCACCCAUAUGGAUUGUGACUGCAUAGGGGGUCUGGUGAUGAAGACAGAGGACAGUCACCUUUCACGUUUUUCUGAAUAUUCCUAUUACGUGUGGAUAAAGGGGGAGUGAAAUUUUGUACAUGAGUUAAGGUAGUAUUUUUAAAAUUGGGAUUGUAGGACUUAGGUACUUAUCAUAAGAAAAUAACGUUUCAACUAAUUGCUCAUUAAUUUUUGUUCACACUCAGUUAGGUGUGCUAACACUAAAAAUUAAAAAAUAAAAAUUUUAAUAAAAAAAAUUCAACCGACUUCCAACUCAAAAAUUAACCUAAACUAAAAAGCAAAAAAUAACAUGUUACCUAUGUGCUACCUUCUGAUCAGUUUGAAGGCGGUGCCAAUCCAGUGUCAUGUUUUAAUGAAAGCCGUUUCUGAAAGAACCACAGAAAUUGUGUAAUUUAAAUGGCUUGAAUUAAAACAUCACUGGCUUGGCACCGCCUUCAAACUGAUCAGAAGGUAGCACAUAGGUAAGAUGUUAUUUUUUGCUUUUUAGUUUAGGUUAAUUUUAGAGUUGGAAGUCGGUUGAAUUUUUUUUAUUAAAAUUUUUUCAUGUUAAUAAAAACAUGAAACUUUACUAUAUUUUGUAAACGUAUUACGUACCUAAGUAUGUAAAGGAGAUGUCUAAAAUCGGGCCCACUUUUCAGAACGAUACAGAAAUGAAAAAUGUAGGUACUAAAAAUGUUGUAUAUAUAUACUAACUAUAUAACUAAUCAAAUUAGUUUUAGAUAAUUAGGUAGUGUAUCUACCAUUUGCGUAUUAUCCAUUAAUUACGGGACACCCUGUAGGUACAUAUGUGCCUACACUACGUACCCACUAGAAUAUUAGUUAAAUUUUCAAUAGUCAGUUUUUCUAUGUAUUCAAAAUGUUUUAGUUUUAAUUUGCCGCCCUAGGCUCCAGCCUACUCAGCUUACUGGUAAAUCCGCCUCUGGCUUGUAAUGUAGCUUUUUAUUAAAUAAAUCAAUAUUUGUAGGUAUUUUCAAGAAAUAUCUCGCUAAAAGUUGCUAUGAGUCAUGUAACCGAAAGGAAUACUUUUUUACUACGUUUUGACUUAGAUUCAAAAUUAUUGGUGAUAAAUUAAUGAGUAAUCGGUGAAAAAUGGUUGAUUUCGUUAAUAACUGUGACUUACCUUACCUUACCUUAUCAGCCGAUAGACGUCCACUGCUGGACAUAGGCCUCUUGCAUGGACCUCCAAGCACAACGGUCUCGAGCCGCCAGCAUCCAGUGGCUCCCUGCAACCCGCUUGAUAUCCUCGGUCCACCUAGUGGGGGGUCGCCUAACACUGCGCUUUCCGGUGCGGGGUCGCCAUUCCAGCACCUUGGGACCCCAACGUCCAUCGGCUCUCCGAACUACGUGGCCCGCCCAUUGCCACUUCAGCUUCGCGACUCGCUGAGCUAUGUCAGUGACUUGACUGUGACUUAUAGGUAAAACUGUGACUUAUAGGUAAGAUAUACAUAAAGUUUUUAACUAGGCCUUGUAACCCGGAGCAGUGACCACAGAACUCUUACGAGUGAGUAGGUACAAGUACUUACCCGAACCUGGCUUGGAUUAGGUAGGUACUUACUCGUACAUAUUUAUAUAUUGACAUAAUACUUAUGACCUUUCUUACGAUUACAGGUAAACGAAUUACGAAGGGUGUGUAGGCAAGUGUAGGUAUGUAAAUUGAUUGUAAACCUACAGUACGACCUUGAGCGUGACGGGACCUUUGUUCGGCUGCUGAUAGCUAUCCGUCAAUACUAAUCUAUCUAUACAUAAAAUAAAAUCUAUAGAGAGGUCAAUUCUGUACAUGAAAUAUAUUUCCAAAAUAACUCAGGGCGUGAUUAGUGGUCGAUACUGAUGCCAAAAAUGCAAUCAGUAAAAUUUUCGUCUGCCUGUCUGUCCGUCUACAAUUAUUCUUCAUACUCCUGGGCAGGUUAUAGUAUACUUUUCAUCACGCUCAAUAGGAGCAGAGCAGUGAAGCGAAACGGUAGAAAAACGGGAGAAGUUACUCCAUUUUUACAUCUAAAAAUCUUUUUUACAUCUGGGUCUAAGGGCGGACGAAGUCGCGGGCGUCUGCUAGUUAGUAAAUAAGAUAGAUAUUUGAUGCGAUCUCAGCAUCAAACAGUCCUACUUAAUACGUGUCUAUACAGUAUACUGUACAUCACAUACAUAGUCAGUACAGUACUUAUGUGUCGCAGGCGGCGGCGGGCGGCGGGCGCGCGGGCGGCGAGCGGCGGGCGGCAUGCCGGGCGGGCGGCGGGGGCUCGUGGCCCCGCAGAACACCUUCCUGGAGAACAUCAUCCGCCGCUCCUCGUCGCAGCCAGACAGCAGCUUCCUGCUCGCCAACGCGCAGAUCGUGGACUACCCCAUCGUGUACUGCAACGAGACGUUCUGCAAGAUGAGCGGCUACAACCGCGCCGAGGUGAUGCAGAAGUCGUGCCGGUGCUCGUGGAUGUUCGGCGAGCUGACGGAGAAGGAGGCGGUGGAGCGGGUGGACCGCGCGCUGGACCACCACCUGGCCGACCAGUUCGAGAUCCUGCUCUACAAGAAGAACCGCACGCCGCUGUGGCUGCUGGUGCACGUGGCGCCCAUCCGCAACGAGCGCGAGCUGGUGGUGCUGUUCCUGCUCACCUUCCGCGACAUCACGGCGCUCAAGCAGCCCAUCGACGCCGACGACCCCAAGGGAGGGCUCAGCAAGUUCGCCAAGCUGGCGCGCAGCGUGACGCGCUCGCGCUCCGUGCUGGUGUCGGCGCUGCCGGCGCUGAAGGAGCCGGCCCGCACGAGCCAGCUCGCGCACGUGCUGUCGCUGUCGGGCGACGUGCUGCCGCAGUACCGCCAGGAGGCGCCCAAGACGCCGCCGCACAUCCUGCUGCACUACUGCGCGUUCAAGGCCAUCUGGGACUGGAUCAUCCUGUGCCUCACCUUCUACACGGCCAUCAUGGUGCCCUACAACGUGGCCUUCAAGAACAAGACCAGCGAGGACGUGUCGCUCCUCGUCAUCGACUCCAUCGUGGACGUGGUGUUCUUCAUCGACAUCGUGCUCAACUUCCACACCACGUUCGUGGGCGCGGGCGGCGAGGUGGUGAGCGACCCGCACGUCAUCCGCAAGAACUACUUCAAGUCGUGGUUCCUCAUCGACCUGCUGUCGUGCCUGCCGUACGACGUUUUCAACGCCUUCGACCACGACGAGGACGGCAUCGGCAGCCUGUUCUCCGCGCUCAAGGUGGUGCGGCUGCUGCGGCUGGGCCGCGUGGUGCGCAAGCUGGACCGCUACCUGGAGUACGGCGCCGCCAUGCUCAUCCUGCUGCUGUGCUUCUACAUGCUGGUGGCGCACUGGCUGGCGUGCGUGUGGUACAGCAUCGGCCGCUCCGACGCCGACUCGGGCCUGCAGUACUCCUGGCUGUGGAAGCUGGCCAACGUCACGCAGAGCCCCUACGCCUACGUGUGGUCCAACGAGUCGGACGGGCCCGAGCUGGUCAACGGCCCGUCGCGCAAGACCAUGUACGUCACGGCGCUGUACUUCACCAUGACCUGCAUGACCUCCGUGGGCUUCGGCAACGUCGCCGCCGAGACCGAUAACGAGAAGAUCUUCACCAUCUGCAUGAUGAUCGUGGCAGCGCUGCUGUACGCGACCAUCUUCGGCCACGUCACCACCAUCAUCCAGCAGAUGACGUCGGCCACGGCCAAGUACCACGACAUGCUCAACAACGUGCGCGAGUUCAUGAAGCUGCACGAGGUGCCCAAGGCGCUGAGCGAGCGCGUCAUGGACUAUGUCGUCUCCACCUGGGCCAUGACCAAGGGCCUGGACACGGACAAGGUGCUGAACUACUGCCCCAAGGACAUGAAGGCGGACAUCUGCGUGCACCUCAACCGCAAGGUGUUCAACGAGCACCCCGCCUUCCGCCUGGCGUCCGACGGCUGCCUGCGCGCGCUCGCCAUGCACUUCCACAUGUCGCACUCGGCGCCCGGUGACCUGCUGUACCACACGGGCGAGUCCAUCGACUCGCUGUGCUUCAUCGUCACCGGCAGCCUCGAGGUCAUCCAGGACGACGAGGUGGUGGCCAUCCUGGGCAAGGGCGACGUGUUCGGCGACUCGUUCUGGAAGGACAGCGCCGUGGGGCAGUCGGCCGCCAACGUGCGCGCGCUCACCUACUGCGACCUGCACACCAUCAAGCGCGACCGCCUGCUGGAGGUGCUGGACUUCUACCAGGCCUUCGCCAACAGCUUCGCGCGCAACCUCACGCUCACCUACAACCUGCGCCACCGCCUCAUCUUCCGCAAGGUGGCCGACGUGCGGCGCGAGCGCGAGCUCAUGGAGCGCCGCAAGCGCGAGCCGCAGCUGGAGCAGGCGCAGGACCACCUCGUGCGCAAGAUCUUCUCGCGCUUCCGCCGAGAGCGUAGCGUGGCCGCCGCGCCGCCGCGCGCCGCGCCGCCCGCCGCGCUCGCCGCCGCGCUGCACGCCGCGCCCGCGCCCGACGACGACGACGCGCGCGCCAGCGGCACCACCAGCGGCUCCGACAGCCGCGCGGGCAGCGGCGGCGCGGCGCGCGGCAAGUGGGGCCGCCUGCUGGCCGGCGGCUCGCUCGACGCGCCCGACGCGCCGCGCGCCGCCUUCACGCGCUCGCUCAGCGCGCGCGACCGCCCCGCGCCGCCCGCCGCGCCGCUCGCCUUCGGCCGCGGCCGCGCCGGCAGCGUGCUGGGCGCCGCCGCGCGCCGCGAGCCCAUCGACGAAGAGGCCGACGAGCGCAAGCCUUCACCGCCGGCCGCUGCGCCCGCGCCCGCGCCCGCCCCCGCGCCCGCGCCGGCUCCCGCCCCGGCGCCCGCGCCGGCUCCCGCACCCGCGCCUGCGCCCGUCGCCACCCUCGCGCCCGCCGCCGCGCCCGCCCCCGCGCCCGCGUCGCACGACGCCGCGCUGGCCGAGCUGCGCCGGGACGUGCGCAACGAGGUGCAACGCCUUCAGCAAAAGAUGGGCCGCGUCGAGGAGCUGCUGACCAUCCUAGCCGCGCGCCUCGGCGCCGACCCGCCCGAUGCCGCGCCCGACGCGAGCGAGCGCCACGAGCGCGCCGAGCGCGCCGAGCGCCCCGACCGCCUGGAGCGGGCCGACGGCGGCGCGCUCGCCAGGAAGCGGCGGAGCAAGGCGCGCAGCAAGGGCGCCGCCCCGCAGGCGCCCACGCCGCCCACGCCCGGCGAGUCGCCCGGCGAGGCGGCGGCGCGGCGGCGCGACUUCGUGUAGCGUGCGGCGGCGGGCGGCGCCCAGUAGCCCGCCCGCCCGCCGCGGCCGCGCGACCGGCGGCUCCGAGCCGGAGCCGCGUGAGUGCGCCGGCCGCCGGACGUUUCUCCCGUUUCUUUUGUUGUGUACUUAUCCUAGGUGUAAGAGAUAUGGCGCCACGCGGCGCGCGGGGCGCGGCCGACGACUGGCGAUUUGUCGCUUACGGUAGUCCGUUUUUGAGAUGCUUUAUUCUGCUUUUUAUUACAUAAUAAUAAGGUUUGAAUACUGCCGCACGCCGGGAGCGAGGCAGCGCCCCGCCCCGCGCGUCCCGCGCGUCCCGGCGCCUACAGCACUGUUGUAUAGCAAUACUAAUAUUAUGAUGAUACAUAUAGGUACAUGAAAGGUUCGAUUUAAGAGUUUGUAAAAAUAUAAUAUUGUAUUUAAAUACACCGUAUACACUUAUAAACACUAUCCACGUCCGGAAUGCGAUGCCCUCUCCCGACCGCUCGCCGACCGCACGUCGACCGCACUUCGAACGCAGCGCGGUCACUGUCGGCUCUCUGCGGCAGUGGCGCAGUGCGCGUGCGACACCUGACUUAUUUAUAAAAUCUGAACUGAGUAUAUUUAAAAGUAUCUACUGAGCGAUCGUGUAUAUUUGGAGAGAGUUGUUAUACAUAUUUGGAGAGAUCAGAAAUGCCUUGUUAUUGUAUAAAAAGUUUAUUUCAGUAUAGUUAUACCUAUGUAUAGUGACACUCGGUCGUGCUACAUAUCUCGGCGAGGCAUGCGAGCCCUAGGGCGCCGGCGCUCUGUGCGAACUCCGCCGACGGUCGCGUCGCGGUCGCGCCGGGCAGUGCGCGCGACGAGCGACGGCGCGAUGAGCGGCGAUGCGAUGCGAGCACGGCGAAGUUUCGCUGCGACAACGUCGCGAUCACUGUUAUGUCACCUAUCUGUUUCCUUGUUAAUGUUUUAUAAUAAAUUCUAAUAAUUCAGUUCCUUAGUUCACGAGUGCCCCUUUUCGUCAACUUUUUUUCAACAGACAUUUGUUUAUAACGUGUCCUAAGUGGCCAUAGACGGCAAAACAGUAUAUUUUUGAUCAAAUAUUUACCCCACUAGAAGAUUCGAGAGUUAUAAGUAGAUAUAUAUUAUGUAUAAUAUAUGCCAAUGAGUCUUACAGUUCCACACUUGCGAUUUGCUAUUUAUAGUACAUUGCUGCAGCGGCCGGCAAGAAAGGCAUUGAUGGACGAACGUGUGAAUGUGGGCCGAGGCGAAGUCGAGGCACACGUACGUAAGUCCAUUAAUGCCUUGCGGCCAAGGCUUGUAUAGUACUUUUCUCAAAUAUUGCGCGGAAAUUAAACCAAGUAGUACAAUUCAGAACUUUUAUUUGAAAAUCCAAUUAUUGAAUGUACAAUUCUUGAAAUGUAAUGUGGAUUUGAGAUAAUUGUAACGAGGUUGAAGUUUGUUGUAUACUAGUGUCUUCGGCGUGAUUCCGAAUUUCAAAGUUUUGAUGGGAAGUGGGUGCUGUCGUUCAUUGUACGUGUACUAUUGUAAAACCAAUGACGAAGUUGACGAACAACUAAUGACAAUAGUUUUUUACGCACCAAAGUAUUUUUUUUUCACUAAACAGCUUUCUAUGUGCAAGCCAGUUUGAAAUUUAAAUUUAACCUUUGAUAAGAUUCCAAGCAUGUUUGAGAAAAAUAUUUCAUUUCUUUUCAAAUAAAAAAUAUUUCAAUUAAAUUAAUUUUUUGUGAUGUUUGAAGAAAACCAAUUUGUUAUUCAUAGUAAACUAGCUGACGCCGCGCGGUUUCACCCGCGUGGUUCUCGUUCCCGUAGGAAUAUGGAGAUAAUAUAGCUUAUAGCCUUCCUCGAUAAAUGGGCUAUCUAACACUGUAAGAAUUUUUCAAAUCGGACCAGUAGUUCCUGAGAUUAGCGCGUUCAAUCAAACAAACUCUUCAGCUUUAUAAUAUUAGUAUAGAUUACUGCAGCGGCAUUAUUUUUUUUACAAAAUCUCACUCGACAUAAAUUUCUCGUGACAUAUUCAGUUGCAUUUGAAAAAUAACCCCAACCCUAAAUUUUGACCCUUUUUCCAUAAUAAGACAAAACAGUGUUCGCCGGGAUACAACUUCUGCAAGUGGUAAUUGAUUGCUUUUUUAAAAUCCUCCAGGUACUCGUAGGUACAUUCUGUUUUACAAAUCCUCCAGGUACUCGUAGGUAUAGGUAUAGGUAUUUUAAAUUGACACAUUUUCAUAUUUUCCAGUGAUCUUAAAAAAAAGUUGGCGAAAUAGGCAAUUGUGAACUACUGGUGGUUCGGCGCAGUGAGCGGUGCGGAUGCGGAUGCGUCAACACAACUCGAUCCGUUUCACAUAAUGUUUGCAUUAAAUAUAUUAUGUCGUACUGACAAAACACACACACAGCACACGCUAUCCACACUAGACAUCCUCGACCUUACUUCGUUCGUACACAAACCUUAGAGUCGUGUCAUGUCAUGUCAUGAGUAUAGUUGACUGCAAAAGCACCGCCAACACGCGCGCGCCGCACCGAGCCGCACGUGCGCUGCAACGAGCCGCAAGCGCGCCGCACCCUGCCGCACGCGCGCCGCACCCUGCCGCACGCGCGCCACACUCUGCCGCACGCGCGCCGCACAUGGCGAACUGCGCAAGCCGCUACCAAGCUAAGCCGCUACCUACUACCUACUGUCUUUAUAAUGAGAAUUAUAAUGAUAUGAAAAUA